GCGUACCGUCAGCAAAGGAAGGACCCCUGAACUCUGUAGAAACAGAACGCGGGCUAAUGUAAACUUCAAAAAAACAGAGUUUCUAUAACAAAGUCUCCAUGCAAAUAAAAGUCAAACUGGGGGAGCUUGAAACACAUGCGGAAUUAACGUUUUGUCGCUGCCGUGUCGCCACAGAAGAGUGAAGUUUUUCUUCUGAGCUGGUAAAAACUAGCUGGCUAAUUUUAGCUUAGCUAACAGCUAAAGCUGCUACAGCUGCGCAGUUUCGUUUCACAGAAAACACCGAAACACCCUCACUGACACUAACCAGACGAGUCUGUUCACUUUAGCUGUGUUUAGCUGCUGCAAUAUAUCGUGGAAAGUGGUAUGGGCCGACUUAACCAAACUUUGAUAGCCGACUGCUGCUAACUGCAACAUAACCACAGAGCCAGGAUGAAGCGAAGAGCUGCUGAAGCAGCGUCAGCUCUGCUGCAGGGGACGAAGAGGCAUCGUGAGGACAGCAGCUCAGAUGAAGAGUCACAAUUAUCAAGACAUGACUCGAGCCAAAAUGAUUCCCUCAGUGACCAGGAGGAUCACAGACCAGGAUUCUCUAUGCCCUCCAUAUCGUCCUUUGAUGACCAAGACACUGACCCCUCACAGGCUUCCUCCAACUUCUCCAUGUACAACAGUGUGUCACAGAAACUUAUGGCCAAGAUGGGUUUCCGUGAAGGUGAAGGUCUGGGGAAGUUUGGUCAGGGACGCAAAGAGAUUGUGGAGGCCUCUACCCAGCGGGGGCGAAGAGGUCUUGGUCUCACGCUGCAGGGCUUUCAGGGGGAGCUCAAUGUCGACUGGCGUGAUGAACCAGAGCCCAGUGCCUCACAGAAGGUAGACUGGUUCCCAGAAUGCACCACAGAGAACCCAGAUGCUGAUGAGCUGAGGGACUGGAUGAAAGUGGGAGAUAGAAAACUUAGGAUUGAGGAUGAGACAGAGUUUUGCUCUGAAGAUCUCCUGCACACUCUUCUAAGGUGCAAGACAGUAUUUGAUAACCUGGAGGGCGAGGAGAUGAGGAGAGCAAGGACACGCUCCAACCCGUACGAGACGAUCAGAGGAGGUAUCUUCCUCAACAGAGCAGCUAUGAAAAUGUCCAACAUCGACCACUGCUUCGACCAAAUGUUCACCAACCCAAAGGACUCACAAGGGAAACCUCUGACAAAGGACCGCGAGGGCGAGCUUCUGUACUUCGGGGACGUCUGCGCGGGGCCCGGAGGCUUCUCGGAGUACAUACUGUGGAAGAGGCGCUGGCACGCCAAGGGCUUCGGCAUGACACUGAAGGGACCCUGUGACUUCAAACUGGAAGACUUCUACGCAGCGCCCAGCGAGCUGUUUGAGCCUUACUACGGUGAGGGAGGGGUGGACGGGGACGGAGACAUUACUCGGCCAGAAAACAUGACCGCCUUCCGAAACUUUGUCCUGGAGAGUACGGAGAGAAGAGGGCUGCACUUCCUCAUGGCAGACGGGGGUUUCUCUGUGGAAGGCCAGGAAAACAUCCAGGAGAUCCUGAGCAAACAGCUGCUGCUCUGUCAGUUCCUCACUGCUCUCUCUACACUCAGGACAGGUGGUCACUUUGUCUGUAAGACCUUUGACCUCUUCACUCCCUUCUGCGUGGGUCUGGUCUACCUGGUCUACCUCUGCUUCGACAGGAUCUCUCUCUUCAAACCCGUCACCAGCAGACCUGCCAACUCGGAGAGGUACAUAGUGUGCCGCGGUCUGAAGCCCGGUUCAGACGCCGUCAGGGAGUACAUGUUCAGAAUCAACCUGAAACUGAACCAGCUGAAGAACUCCGACAGAGACGUAACUGAAGUGGUUCCCCUGAGCAUCAUCAAGGACGACGCUGACUUCUACCCAUUUAUGGUCAACUCCAAUGAGAGCCUCUGUGUGGUCCAGAUCAAGGCCUUGGCUAAGAUUCACGCCUAUGUCGUAGACCAGACCCUGUCAGAGCCGCGGCAGGCAGAAAUUAGAAAGGAGUGUCUAAAACUUUGGGGGGUGCCAGACAAAGCCAGAGUCACUCCUGCUUCCUCAGACCCCAAGUCCAAAUUCUAUGAACUGGUUAAGAACCCAGAUGUGGAGUCGUUCCAGUGUAAACUCACACCUCUGAACUCCACGACUCUCGAGAAGUUGCGUCAUAUUCUCGACCACAGGUGCAUUGUGGGAGGUGGAGAGCAGAUCUUCCUUCUGGCACUCGGCAAGUCUCAGAUAUACACAUGGGAUGGGAAGAUGCCUUUGCGCUGGAGGAAACUGGAGAAUUUCAAGCUCGAGCUGCCAAGAGAUACACUUCUGAGCGUGGAGAUCGUCCAAGAGCUGAAGGGCGAGGGCAAAGCUCAGCGCAGAAUCAACGCUGUCCACGUAAUGGAUGCACUAAUACUGAACGGCACUGAUGUGAGAGAGCAGCACUUCAACCAACGGAUCCAGAUGGCUGAGAAGUUUGUGAAGGCAGUGGCCAAACCCAGCAGACCGGACAUGAACCCUAUCAGAGUGAAGGAGGUUUACAGACUGGAGGAAAUGGAGAAGAUCUUUGUCAGACUAGAGAUGAAGGUGACAAAGAGUUCAGGAGGAGUCCCUCGUCUGUCCUACACGGGCAGAGAUGACCGACACUUCCUUCCCACCGGCCUUUACAUCGUUAAGACUGUCAGUGAGCCGUGGACGAUGGCAUACAGCAAAAACUCCAAGAUGAAGUUCUUCUUUAAUAAAACCACCAAGGACUCCACCUAUGAAAUGCCACCCAACGCUGCUGCCCCCUUCCAUGUUUGCCACUCGGAGCGGCUCUUCUGGGCCUGGGUGGACGGGGUGAUAGUCCAUGACUCUCAGACGCGCAUGGACCCAGAGAAACUGUCCAAAGAUGAUGUUUUGUCCUUCGUCCACCAGAAUCACCAGCCCUGAAAUCCUCUCAGAGCACUGGAGCUUCACCAGCUACAACCUGGACAAAGAUUGCACUAAUUUGUGAAAUGAUACAGAGCCUUUAGAAAGGGUUAUCAUACAAUGCCUUAAUUAAUAUUUAUUUUGACAGUAAAAGAGGGAUUCAUAAAAUGCUGCCAAAUCUACCGACACAUAGAUCAUCAUGAAAGUUUUCUAUUAAUCCCUGCUUUUGUUGUCCAGUUAAAUAUCAAUUAAUAAACUGUUUUAGAGACGUCGUUAAAGCUCUCUUGUUCCUCUGUAUUAUGUCGCUUGGGAAAUUAUCACCAGGCUGUAUCUGGAGUCCUGAAGCUCCAGUGAUGAAUUGUUUGCUGCUAUUUCCAGCGGUAACAUUUGGACUUUGACAUUUGACAAACCACUCUGUCUUUCUGCCUUUUCCACUGCCCUUGGCUUUAUGAAUCGUAAUGAAUACGACUCGCCUCAUAGGACAACACAGAGACAAAAAGCUGCUGCCGCUGUCUCUCCGUUGGAUUGCAUGUUCCUGUAUAUCAAGUUUUUACACUUCCUCGUCCCCACAACGCUUGUGUGUCCUACAUCAACGACGAAAGAGAUGCAUCUGCAAUUUGGAUACUGCUAGAUAGAGCUACAAAUGUUAAACUAUGCAUUCAUAUCUGCAAACACAGUCUCGCUUGCCUUGCUCUGCACCUCGUCUCCAUAUAGACCAGCAUCUGUUCACCCAUUCACACCAACAGGCCUCUUUGUCAAAACUGUAGCUGAAGCCCAAAUACAACAGACAAGUUAAUGUUCAUUGUAAAGGAUGUUCUGAUUUAUCCUUACCAUCACUUCCAACCUUCAUGUCGGGCACAGAUGUAGCAGCUUUUUCUCGUUCAUUACUGAGCUGAUGAUAUGUGAGUGUGUGUGUGUGAGUGUGUGUGUGUGUGUGUCAAACUUUUCAAAGACGUCCUGUUAGGUUUUAGGCUGUUUUUACUCUGACUCCUCUUUGUGAUUGUGCCUCAUAUUGCCUGGACUGUGUGUUUCUUAAAAGCCGCAAAUGACUUAUUUUUUCUUGUAAAGUUAGCUAUCAGUCCCUAUGAUGUAAAUAAUUAUAAUGUAGUAAAUAAAUGGGAGAUGCUCUUCCCAGAAAUAACUUUGAA